AGUACAAUGCAAAGUUCAAUCAAGGAAACCAUGCCUCUGGAAAUCAGCCCAUCAUACGGAAUGAAGUUGUCCAACGUCCAGGUCGAAGACAUCUGGGCCGACAACAUCGAUGAGGACUGUCCUACUCCUGCCAUCAUGUCGACUACCCUUGGUGGCGGUCUGUACAGCUAUGCCGCUAGCGAGUACUACAACUUCAACUUUAGAAUGGGUGCUCCCAUCGGUGGCAAGGACUUUGACCUCCGACCAACAUACUCUCUU